CACGUGCUUUAAACAGGCGGCGUCAGUAAGCGUGGGAAGUAGCUUUUUUAUUUAUUAGCAAUCGGUAGUUCUACGUCUAACAUUUAGAUAUUACAUUGAAUCUCUGACGAUAACACUCACGCUUUGUGUUGAUAAGUUGUAUUUGGAUACUUAAAAGAGAAUGUAAUAAAGUGGUCCAUAGGAAGACGCAGAGUUUGCUUGCCGUUAGUAGCAAACAGCUAGCUCUGGUCUCUGGAGCCAGCAGAAUAGCUAACGCUAGCUAAGAGCUAGCUAAGAUAGAUAAAUCUAUGUCAACGAUAGUGGCGAACAGCAACUGUGACCUUCUCAAUGUGCGCGGCAUCUGGCCUGCUCCGUACGAACUGUCCUGGGGCUAUUUCUGCGACUGCAAAUACUUCGUAUUUAACUAGCUAGUUAGCUAAGUUAUAUAGGUUAACAAUCCUAUUGCAUGUGAUGAAAUUAAAGAGUCACUGCAUUGCAACUUCCUGUUAAGUGUAGUAAUUUAACUGACCUAAAGCUAUCGUGGUGCUAGCCUAAGUUAGCUAUCACUUGCAAGAUGUCAUCAACAACUAACGUGUGAGGGUGCUAGCUUUGAUUUAUUGCUUAUCAUCUAUUACAUUUCGAUAGCCGUUCGUUGCUAGGUAGCUACUUCUCUUUCCCGUGUGUUAAAUUGUACACCUGAACUGAACUGCUACUUCUAUAGGUAUUUAUCAUGAAAUCGGUGUAUCCCUUGCCAGCCCCAUGUGGGAUAGUUUAGCAAUGACUCUAUACGAAGUGAUUGAAGCCAUGAAUGAUCAAAACAAAGGGUCUUAACAGUUUCGUUAGCUAGGUACACGACAACACGUUCAAUUUUGUUUAAUCCCUUAGCUGAAUAUUUUUAUCUAUAGAAUGACAUCCCGGACUUUUCUCAGGAAUUUUCUCAACUAUGGAAAUCCGGUUGUGACGAUUUUCAGUGGGAGCUAUUGUAGUCGCCUUUAUUUUCAUCAGACCCCCGUAUGUAAAGUUGCGUGGCAAGCUGAAACUGGAUUCAAACCUUCAAAAGUGGCAGUAGUGACAAAGACCACGAGGUAUGAAUUUGAGCAACAAAGAUAUUUAUAUGCAGAACUGUCAGAAGAGGAUCUUAAACAACUGCUUGCUUUGAAAGGAUCCAGUUACUUUGGGCUUUUGGAGAGACACAACAUACACACCCACAAUGUUGGACAGAUUGUGGACAAUCUACAAAAAGAAGGUAUUGAGGUUCGUAUUGUUAAAAGAAGGGAGUAUGAUGAAGACACAGUCAGAUGGGCAGAUGCCAUUGUGUCUGCUGGAGGUGAUGGUACUAUGCUGUUAGUUGCCAGUAAAGUGUUUGAUAAAAACAAGCCUGUAAUAGCGGUCAAUACUGAUCCAGAAAGGUCAGAGGGCCAUCUCUGCUUGCCUGUGCGCUAUACACAUACAUUUUCUGACGCAUUACAAAAACUCAGGAAUGGAGAAUUCAGUUGGCAGUGGCGCCAGCGGAUCCGCAUGCACUUGGAGGGCACCGGGAUCAACCCCACUCCAGUUGACCUUCAUGAGCAGCAGCUCAGUUUGGAACAACACAGCAAGGCACACCGCACCACCACAGAAGCUCAGCGCAGUAGGGCACUCGCUGCAAACCUUUUCCCUUGUUUUCUUACUGUUUUUCUUUGUACUCAUUUAUGUCUUCUUCCAUUAACUUGGUCUUGGAAAGGUACAACACACAAUUACACAACACCAUGCUUACUUCCUGUCAGAGGACUCAAUGAAAUCUUCAUUGGAGAGUCCCUCUCCUCCAGGGUGAAGUAUAAAUCCUUCAAACCCCAUCUUACACUCUCGCACCAUAGGGCUUCCUACUAUGAGAUUUCCAUUGAUGAUGGCCCGUGGGAGAAGCAGAAGAGCUCAGGACUCAGUAUUUGCACUGGAACUGGAUCCAAAGCCUGGUCUUAUAAUAUUAACAAGCUGGUGGCUCAGGCUGUGGAGGAUGUCCUUAGAAUAGGUAAAGCAAAAACUGGCUUGGAUAUUCCACUAAACCAGGAAGUUAUUGAAAGUGUGACUGAGGCAUACAAUGAGUCUCUCAUCUUCGGUCCAGAAGAGAACAAAGUUUUCUUCAGCGUCAGGGAGCCAAUUGUUAACAGAGUAUUUUCCAAUAGCCGCCAAAGAGGGUUUGCAAGCAAGAUAUGUGUCCGCUCAAGAUGCUGGGAUGCUUGCAUGGUGGUAGAUGGAGGAACAUCCUUUGAAUUUAAUGAUGGAGCUAUAGCAACUAUCAGCUUAUGCAAUGAGGACCUGCUAAGAACUGUUAACCUUGAUUGAAUGCCUGGUUAUUAAACCAUCAUAAACACUUUUUCUAAGGUAUUGGACAUGCAUUAAUGCUUUUUCAAGCCUGGAUUAGAGAUGAACACUGACGCAUGGCCAAAACCAUUAUGGUCUGUGGAUUAAUGGUUUAUUGUUUGUGAACUGAGGGGGUUUUACAGUUCCAGUAAGAAUCUUUAUCUUUCAUAGCUUGAAUACCAUCCCUGGAACAAUGUACAUUUUCAACAGGAAAAUGAUUCUUGUUGCUUAAAACGAUCUUUGUCGUCUUUCUGCUUGAACAUUUUCUUAAGGUUGUUGGUUUCAUUUUGCAUUUGAAACACUACUGUCCCAUGGUUAUUAAACCACCAGAGCACUCCAACAUUUAUUAGAUAUAAUGAUUCAGUGGGCAUGAAUACCUGCGGGGGUCACAGGUUAUUAAAUGUUAUUGUAUUUUCCAACAAAUACCAGGGGGUAGAAUGUACCAUUGGCAGGUCAGAGCAUUAUGUCAAGUUGCUUAUCUUGGUUAGAUGACCUAGUAUGGUUUGCUUUUAAAACCCAAGCUAUCAUAAUGCAGCAUUGGCCUGUCAGUUUUUAUUUAUUUCAUUAAAAUAUAAAAUGAUGGAACCUGUUUAAUUUUCUAGGAUGUCCAGUGACUACACCUAGUCCCUUAAUAGAACAAAUUUCAGUAAAGAUCAUUUUGCUUUCAGUACUGACCCCAAUUCAGGCCCAAGAACAUGGGGAAGAAAGUGAAUAAAUAAAAAGCACUAUUUAUUUGAAAUGAACACGCAAGCUUCCAUAAAAACAUAGUUUAUUUCUGUUCUCAAUAGUCAAUUAUUCAGGAGUCUCAUAAUAGGUCAGAAAACAAAAUGCUAACAGUUUUAAAUUGUUCUUAGAACUGUUUAAAAUUAAUCACCCUUUUGCAGAUAUGCUGACUGUGCCUUAAGGCAUCAGUAACAAUAUAUAAACCAUCAUGAACAGAUAAGCAACAUUUACAUAACAAAAUGUUCAACAGGCUGGGUUAACCAUCCUCAUUUCCAGAAUUAGCAAUACAUUUAAAACAAUGCUCUGGGAGUAUCCAAGCUAAAUAUAAAGAAUGGAUAUUACAUUGUUUUCAAGAUAAUGUUACACUACCAAAGUCAGUAAUUCAGCUUUAAAGGAUCAGGGCCCUUGCUUUGUCCAUCCUACAUAAGAAAGCAUCCAGACAGAACUAUCCAAAUAGUUAUUGUACAGGAGCUGCUCUACUUAAAGGGACCUUCAAACCAUUCUUGAACCAAAAUUGUCAACUGCUCACUGUAGAUACUCAUUUGAAUUUUUUAGGAACAUUAAAGAUCUAAAAACAACCUGACAAAUGACCCUGUAAUAUCUACUGUAACCUUGUCUUUCAAACGAAGUUACUGGCACAAAUGACAUAAUGAGUAACCAAUUUUAAAACUACUAGACUGAUCCUGUAAAACUGAUUCCAUAAACUUUUUAACAAACCAUUAUCACUUAGAUCCAUGUCAUUCACUGAAUUGUAAGCCUGACCAUUUGAAAAGGAUUAAAAUUAACAUAUUUCAGUAA